AUGAGGGCCCUUCUGACAGAUGGAUCGUACACCAAACUGAAGAAAGACCCAACCCCGGCCUGCGAACGCAAACUAACAAAGCUCCUUAAGAAGAACAAGGACAAGGAACAACUCACGGACGCCCAGUACAGAAAGCUGAGCCAACAUCACAGCAAACUUCCACACAUGUACGGGCUGCCAAAGGUACACAAGACCAAUGUACCGCUAAGACCAAUAGUAAGCUGCCGUGGCUCAGCCUGCCAUCCUCUGAGCCAGUUCCUCGUCAAGAUCAUCAACCCACUGAGUGGCAAAACACCUACAUAUGUCAAGAACUCAGCCCACUUCGUCUCACUGGUUCAGGCCAUGCGACCUUCGCCGAACAUGCAAAUGGUAAGCUUCGAUGUGGUGAGUCUGUUCACCAAUGUGCCCACUACCGAAGCUCUGAGCAUAGUGAGGACAAGACUGGAGAGCGACGAUACACUGCCCGAAAGAACGACAAUCCCGACUGAUGACAUCAUGGAACUCCUGACAUUCUGUGUCACCACCACCGCCUUCCAACUGGGCGAUGACUACUACCAACAAACUGAAGGAAUGGCCAUGGGUUCACCCCUGUCACCGGUGAUCGCCAACAUCUACAUGGAACACUUCGAGGAACUGGCCUUACAAACAGCACCACUGAAACCAUCCCUGUGGCUGCGAUAUGUCGACGACACAUUCGUCCUGUGGGACCAUCGCGAGGACAUAACACCGUUCCUAGACCACCUCAACAGCCUCCGACCCUCCAUCCAAUUCACAAUGGAAACAGAAGUCGACAACAAACUACCAUUCCUUGACGUCCAAGUGGAGAAAUCUGAGGAAGCAUUCAGAACAUCGGUCUACCGCAAACCAACAGCGACCGACCGCUACCUCAACUUCAAGUCACACCACCCAGACACAGUCAAGAAAGGCAUAUCCCGAUUGUCCAGACCACGCUGCCGGCUGUGUAGGCAGCUCUGCAGAUCGGGGAAGGCAGGCGGCGAGCUGGCGCAGCUCUGCUCCGAGCAGCAGGUGCAGCUGCGGGGCAGCCCGGCGGCUUUAGCCCGUUUCGCUGGCGUCUGA